ACAGCCCCAGUUCAUCUCCUUGUGUCUUCUCACUAGAAGCCUGGCAAGGAGCUUCGUCUUUCUUUUCUUUUUCUUUCUCUCACUGCUGAAUCCCCAGCACCUUGGAAAGCACUUGGCCUUUAGUAAGUGCUCAAGGAAUAUUUAGAGAAUGGAUGGAAUACUCAGGAAUUGUGACCUCAUAUUUUGUAUCCAGGGUCCCAGCGUGCUUGAUCAAAUUUUUAUGCUCAUUUUGACUCUAGGACAAAUGGAGCUGAUGUUCAGCUGGGAAAGGGUGGAGCUGGGAUCUGCACCCAUGUCUGUGCGACUCUAGGGCCCACACUCUCAGUGUCCAGCACAGAACCAAGCACCCCAGGCUUUAACAAGAGUUUGUUGAAUGAAUGUGGCUUCAGAAUUCAGUGUGGGAUGGGAGGUUGGUGGUGUUAAGCAUGGGAGGAUUUGGGAGGGGAGAGUGUCUGAGAGACACAGGAGGACUUCAGGGCUGCGGCCUGACCCCAAUGCCUCACAUUCCACAGGGAGUCACCACAAGCUCUCAAACUCCUUCCAGAAGGUCUGGGACUGGCAGUGACCAUGAGGGAGAGCUCACCACUAGGGCCCAGCAGCGUCUGGAGCUGGUCCGGGCCUCAACCAUAUCCUUCAAUAACAACGAUAAUAGCAGUCAUCUUAGCAGUACUAUUUAACUUUAUUAAGGGCUACCCUGUACCCUGCCUGAAUGUUUUGAACAUAUCUCAUUUGAUCUACACAGCAACCAAGGAAUUUUGCUCUAUUAUUCUUCCUUCCUCUUUACAGACGUGGAAACUGAGGCUCACUGAGGUUGUGUCUUGCCUGAGGCCCCAUAGCUGCUGCAGGACUAAGCUUCUGAGGUUAUCACUAUCCCUAAUCUUGGAGCAAGUGUGAAAACCUGAAAUGUUGUCAGGUAACCGGACAGGUGGGGAAGGAAGUAGGAUUUCAGCACUGCUACGCAGAGCAGGGAGUCAUGAUUGAUUCACUGGAAACAUCCACGUGACUAAAACGGAUUUAGGGAGACGGCCCCGCAGUUAGGAUUAGGGCCUCAGCAGGUAGGCGUGCAACUCCCAGCCUCCCCAGAUGUGGCCUCAAGUGACUUCCUUUGGCUGUAAGCCUCCAAAAGUUCCUCUGGCCAGUUUUACCCAUCUGGAGAAUGGGUACAAUGCCAACCUCACCAAGAAGUUAUGAAGAUUCCAGUGAAAUCACCCAAAUAUAUCUGUCAAAAAUCAGCGAAUGGCACUGAAGAUUUUUGCAUUUUACUGUAUGUAAAUUUCACCUAAAAAGAGAAAAGAACUGUGUGCAAAUAUUGAACUCUGGUCAAUAAAUGCACAUGGGGUGAUGUGUUUAGAGAGAAAGCACACUGAUGCGUGCAACUUACUUUGGCAUUCAUCAGAAAAAGGUGAAUGGACAGACGGAUAGAGAGACCAAUGGAUGGAAGUACGAUAUAGAGGUAUGUGAUGCAGUACUUGUAAGCUAUAGGUGGAAGGUAAAUGGGUGCUGUAAAAUACUUUACAUUUUUGUGUUCGUUUGAAAAUUUUUCUAAUGAACUAUAGAAGAAAUAUUCGGUGAAAGCAUUUGUAAAUGUAUUAGCACAGUCAUUAAUUCAAAGUACAAUUUUUAAUGGCUGAAUUGCCAAUUGGGUACCUUGCUUGGGCAAAGUGGAUUACAAUCCCAAAUAUACUAACUGCCAUUAAUUGCUGUGUCAGAAUCUGAAUUGGGAACAUUUACUUAAAAAUUAUUAACAUUUUAAAAUUAAUAACUCCAUCUCACUUAAAUCUUAAACCAAUCAUGCGAGGGAUGAGCCUUUUAAUCUGAGUUUUACGUUAGAGGAAUUCAAAUCCGAAAGGAGACACAAGAUGGAACUCAGGGAGGAGUUCCAGUAGGAGCAGGUUUCCAAAUUAAGCACCGGCGGAUCACUUCCACUCUGCGGACACCCUUGCGACUCCGUUUAGUUGCAGUUUAGCAGCCCCAAACCGCCCAAUUCCUUUGGCGGGGAAAAGCGUCUGCCCGACUCCCUGCCCCGGGCCCCACCCUCACCCGGGCCGCGCCCCUCGGUCCCAGGAGUGGGGGGGCCUCCAAACCCGCUGCAGCCAAUCAGCGCCCUCGGCCAGCCCCCCACCUUCUCAAAGCCUCACCCCUGCCCUUAAUCCCUGUAGGUUCCGCCAACUCCGCUCAGAGCGGCGCGGCGCGCGCAGCAGGUUCCCUUUGGGCUGAUAGCCGUCAUCUUCUGGGAUCCCGGACCGCCGCCUUCCGCAUCCAGGGGCCUGGAUUUCCCCUCCCGGCCCCAGGGAACUGGCUCCCCAUUUCCCGGAUCUGCGCCUCCCGGGCCCCAGACUCGGGCUCCCGAGCCCUUGGUUUCCAGGACCCAGGCAACCUAGGUCGCCGCCUUCCAGAUCCAGGGGUCCCAGGUCCGCGCCACCAGUACCUCUUGAAGAUCGCCGCCGUGGGGGCUGCUUCUUCAGCAGUCAACGACCCCAGGUUCCAGCCUGAGAAAGUCCUGUGUGCCUGACGCCCAAGUGAACCCAGGAGUUCCCACGUCACCGCUUUGGGGCACCGGACACAGUCUGGAAGAUCAGAGCCCCAGCGCCCAGCCUAGCAGUCCCCGACACUCCAGCUCCCAAGAGCCAAGGAACUUAGGCGCUGCGAACUCACCACUCCAAGGAACCCUCCCGAGUUCUCGCCUCCAGGCUCUGUUACUCGGCUCAGUUCUGAGGAACGUGUACGUCCUGGGAAGGACCCCCAGGAAGCUCCCAGCUUCCGGGCGCUGGGGAGCCCCGAGGCAUCCGUCAUGAUGGCCGAUCCACCUAAGGGAGACCCCAAGGGGCUCGCGGCGGCGGAGCCCACCGCUAACGAUGUCCCGGAGUUGGUCCCCACAGAGGACCCGGGCGCAGCGGGAGGUGGCUGCUGCGGUUCCCGCGACCAGGUGAGCCGCUGCCGUCGCGCCAACCUGCUGGUGCUGCUGACCGUGACGGCUGCGGUGGCGGGCGUGGCGCUGGGGCUAGGGGUGUCGUGGGCCGGUGGCGCAGUAGCGCUGGGCCCCGCGGGCCUGGAGGCCUUCGCCUUCCCGGGCGAGCUGCUGCUGCGCCUGCUAAUGAUGAUCAUCUUGCCGCUGGUGGUGUGCAGCCUGAUCAGCGGCGCCGCCAACGUGGACCCGAGCGCGCUCGGCCGCCUGGGCGCCUGGACGCUGCUCUUUUUCCUGGUCACCACACUGCUAGCGUCCGCGCUCGGGGUGGGCUUGGCUCUGGCCUUGCAGCCAGGCGUCGCCUUCGCCGCCAGCAGCUCAUUCGGAGCCACGGACGCCGUGGAAGGGGACUCCAGAGAGGAGGUGCUCUAUUCGUUCCUGGAUCUUGUGAGAAAUGUCUUCCCCUCCAACCUGGUGUCUGCAGCCUUCCGCUCAUAUGCUACCACCUAUGACGAGAGAGGGGUCGAUGGAACCAAGGUGAAGGUGCCUGUUGGAGGCGAGGUGGAAGGUAUGAAUAUUCUAGGCCUGGUGAUGUUUGCCAUCGUUUUUGGUGUGGCCCUGAAGAAGCUGGGGCCUGAGGGAGAGCUGCUCAUCCGGUUCUUCAAUGCCUUCAAUAAAGCCACCAUAGUGCUGGUGUCCUGGAUCAUGUGGUAUGUCCCUGUGGGCAUCUUGUUCCUGGUGGCUGGCACGAUCGUGAAGAUGCAGGACGUGGGGAUGUUCUUCACCAUCCUCGGCAAAUACAUCCUGUGCUGCCUGCUGGGCCAUGUCAUUCAUGGGCUCCUGGUGCUGCCCCUCAUCUACUUCGUCUUCACCUGCAAAAAUCCCUACCGCUUCCUGUGGGGCUUCAGGACAGCGCUGUUCACUGCCUUCAUGACUGCCUCCAGCUCUGACACGCUGCCCGUGAUGAAGAAGUGCGUGAAGGAGAGGAAUGGCGUCGCCAAGCAUAUCAGCCACUCUGUCCUGUCCAUCGGUUCCACGUUCAACAAGGACGGUGGCGCGCUCUUCCACGGUGUGGCCGCAGUGUUCAUUGUACAGCUCAACCACCAGUCCCUGGACUUCGGGAAGAUCAUCACCAUCCUGGUCACCGCCAUAGCUUCCAGCGUGGGCGCUCCGGGCAUUCCCGCUGGAGGUGUCCUCACGGUGGCCAUCAUUCUCCGGGCAGUCGGUCUCCCAGCCCAUGACAUCUCCUUGUUCCUGGCUGUGGACUGGCUUCUAGACCGGUCUUGUACCAUCCUCAAUGUGGAAGGUGACGCCUUUGGGGCAGGACUCCUGCAAAGUUAUGUGGAUCACACAGAGUCCCAGAGCCCGGUGCCCGAGCUGAUCCAAGUGAAGACUGGGCCCCUGACUCCGCUGCCACUCUCUACUGGGGAGGGAAACCCCCUCCUCAAACUGUGGUGCAGGACCUGGAGGGGGAUGCUGACACUUACAAGAGGGUAUCCCUCAUGUAAACUCUAUGAGGAACCUUCCCUACUCUGACCAGGGACACUUUGAACACUGGGAUCAUGAGGAAGGAUGAAUAAACAAACUGGGCUCCGGGGGCCCUACCACACACUCCAGGGAGACGGGGGCUCCAGCCUCCUCCCUGACAUCACAUCAGAGAGGCCUCAUUGCUGGGAUGUACGUGUGUGUGUGUGCGCGUCUCCCCAAAUCUCCCCAGUCCGCAACUCCUGCCUCCACCCAAGGCUAGAAACAGCAAGAUGGAGCAGUAGUGUCCUCUACACCCCAUCCUGGGAGCCUUCCUGGCUUUCCUGACUCGGGGCACAGGGCGCAGGGCACCGUACGGAUUUGAAGGAUGUUCAGACCGGUUGCUGGCUCCUUUGCUCGUUCUUUUGAUGGCUGUAGCUGGUGUGUGUGUGUGUGUGUGUGUGUGUGUGUGUGUGUGUGUGUGUAUUCUGUGACUCUCUCCAUAUACUUCCCACUCUGUCCCCAGGCCGACUGUUCCCUUCAGUGUUUUUAAGAGAAACACUGCCUGGAACUCUGGGGACUCCGGAAGAGCAGGAUAAGUACUACUGUUACUCGAGAGGACAUUUUUUUAAUGAUAUCAUUAAUAUACAAUUACAUGAGCAACAUUGUGGUUACUGGAUAUCCCCCAUUAUCAAGUCCCCACCACAUCCCCAUUACAGUCACUGUCCAUCAGUGUAGUAUGAUACAGUCACUUCUUGUCUUUUCUGUGCUAUACUGCCUUCCCUGUGCCCCCCUACAUUAUGUGUGCUUAUCACAAUGCCCCUCAAUCCCCUUCUCCCUCCCUCUCCACCCACCCUCCCCAGUUCCUUUCCCUUUGAUAACUGUUAGUCUCUUCUUGAGUUCUGUGAGUCUGCUGCUGUUUUGUUCCUACAGCUUUUGCUUUGUUGUUAUACUCUACAGAUGAGUGAAAUCAUUUGUUUCUUGUCUUUCUCCACCUGGCUUAUUUCACUGAGCAUAAUACCCUCUAGCUCCAUCCAUGCUGUUGCAAAUGGUAGGAUUUGUUUUUUUCUUAUGACUCAAUAAUACUCCAUUGUGUAUAUGUACCACAUCUUCUUUAUCCAUUCAUGUACUGGUAGACACUUACAUUGCUUCCAUUUCUUGGCUCUUCUAAAUAGUGCUGCGAUAAACAUAGGGGUCUUUCUGAAGUUGGGAUCCUGCAUUAUUAGGGUAAAUUCCUAGGAGAGGUAGUCCUCGGUCAAGUGGUAUUUCUAUUUUAGUUUUUGAGGAACCUCCAUACUGCUUUCCACAAUGGUUGAAAUAAUUUACAUUCCCAUCAGCAGUGUAGGAGGGUUCCCCUUUCUACACAUCCUUGCCAGCAUUUGUUGUUUGUCUUUUGGAUGCUGGCCAUCCCAACUGGUGUGAGGUGGUAUCUCAUUGUGGUUUUAAUUUGCAUUUCUCUGAUGACUAGUGAUGUGGAGCAUCUUUUCAUGUGCCUGUUGGCCAUCUGAAUUUCUUCUUUGGAGAACUGUCUGUUUAGAUCCUCUACCCAUUUUUCAAUCAGAUUAUUUGCUUUUCGGUUGCUGAGGCAUGUGAGCUCUUUAUAUAUUUUGGCUGUCAACCCCUUAUCAGAUAUGUCAUUUAUGAAUAUAUUCUCCCAUACUGUAGGAUGUUUUUUUGUUCUACUGAUGGUGUCCUUUGCUGUAUAGAAGUUUUGUAGUUUGAUGUAGUCCCACUUGUUCAUUUUUGCUUUUGUUUCCCUUGUCCAGGGAGAUAUGCUCAUGAAAAUGUCAUUCAUGUUUACAUUCAACAGAGUUUUGCCUAUGUUUUCUUCUAAGAGUUUAGUGGUUUCAUGACUUACAUUCAGGUCUUUGAUCCAUUUUGAGUUUACUUUUGUAUAUGGAGUUAGACAAUAAUCCAGUUUCAUUCUCUUACACGUAGCUGUCCAGUUUUUCCAACACUAGCUGUUAAAAGGGCUAUCACUUCCCCAUUGUAUAUAUCCAUGGCUCCUUUAUCAUAUAUUAGUUGAACAUAUAUGCUUGGGCAGAGGACAUUUUUGAGUAAUAAAAUUGUCAAGCAUAUCUCAUCAGAUGUUUUUAAGAAUUUGACUAAAAGCACUAGCCGCACAGAAAAAACAAAACCCAAACAUGGUAAGUUGGACUUCGCUGAAAUAAACUAUCUGUUCAUCAAAAAACACCAUUGUAAACAACAGGGAGAUAGCACUCCCACCUAUCAGAAUGGCAAAAACAAAAAACAAAACAAAACAAAACAAAAACAAUACCAAAUGCUGCUGAGGAUGUGGAGCAAUUGGACAGCCCACACGUGGCUGGGGUGAAUGCAAAGUAAUUCGAUCACUUUGGAAAAUCACUGGGCAGUUGCUUAUCAAGUUAAAAUGUACAUGUACCCUACAGCUCAGUAGUUUCACUGCUGGGUAUUUACUGAAGAGAAAUGAAAUCCUACUAAUAAACUGUUAUACUAAUAUGUAUAGCUGCUCUCUCCAAAAUUGCCAACAUUUGGAAAUGAGUCAGUUGUAUAAACCGGCAGAGUCAAAAGUACGAUGUAAACUACUCAGCAAAAAUAGUUUUGAUAUACAACUUAGAUGCAUCUCUCAGAUAAUAUUUUGAGUGAAAGGAGCUGGAAAUAGUACAUACUGUACAUUUCCAUUUAUAUGAAGAUAUUGAACAGGUUAAACUGUCCAUGGGGAGAGCAAUUGGAACAGUGGUGACCUAGGAGGGCAACUUACUGAGUGGGAGAGGACACAAGGCAGCCUUCAGUGAUACAGCAAAUGUUCAAUAUCUUGAUAUGGGUUCUGCUUACACAGAUGUAUAUAUUCAGUAGAAUGACACCGUACAGUUAAAAGGUGUGCAUUUUAUCCUAUGUAUAUCAUCUUCCAGUUAAGAAUUUUGCACAGCUCAUGGUGGGAAUUCAUUUUCCACUAUAAUCACCUAUGUGGGAAUGCAAGACUCCAUUGGUAGCUGAACUGUGACUUCCAAAUCAUCCCCAAAAAUGACGUGCUUUUUUAAAUCCAGAAUUUGCUAUUUGAAUUAAAAAACUCCUCUGCAACUGCUGAACUCCUGUAGAUAUCCAGGAUAUGGAUAAUACCAGGUGUGGCUCACCUGUCCGAGCAGGAUCCUGUCUUGCGCACUGCUGCAGCGUGUCACACGCUACUGAUACUAUGGCCCCCAACCUCGGUCCCUAAGUAGACUUCUGCUAGGUGCCUAGAGGCAGCACCAAUUUGGGUUCCAUUAUAGAUGGUAUCUUGAGUAUCUUUAGCAUCAUUUUUCAGUUUAUUUAGUUACAUCUCAUGAUAAUUGCAGUGCUGAAGGAAAAUAUAAUUCAAAUCUGGUUCUGGGCAGAAUCGUGUAUUGCACACAGCAUAACCACUAAUGAGUUUGUUAAGUGUCGAAUAACUUAGUCACUGAGUUUUCCAAUGCUUUCUAGUAUGCCAAAGUCCCUCGUGGGUUGUUAUGUAAGUGUUUAAGAUUGUUUUAAUGAUACAUGGGGAAAUCAGUUGGGGUUUUGGGUGGAGCUGUGAAGGCAUCAUUUUCCCUGCUCAAGAUAGUUACUAUUUAAUGCUUUGUUGGAAGUGCAUUAGAUUUAGAAUUUGAGGGAUGCCCGUUUAAAAAGGUGCAUACCUGCAGAUGUAAUAUAUUGCAUAUACAAUCUGUAUACACAUUAUGUGUCCAUACGAAAACUCUGUAACUGGGCUAAAUUCCACCAAACAGUACCUACCCACUUUUUUCUCUGCCAUUUAAAAAAUUUGUUGGGCACAUGCCACUGAUUUGCCUAAAACGCUGAUCUACGUUAUACAGAAAGAUUGUAACCAUCUCAACCUUCCCAGGGUGGACUGGGGCUUCAGUGGCUCCCAGACCUGGCCUCCACUAGGAUGUGAUCACUCCGUGAGGGAGCCACGUUUGUCCUGUUCACUGCCAUAUGCCCAGCACAGCAUGGGGCUCACCCUCUGGUGACAAUGGCUAUGUCUUACCCAAAGCCACUGGUUAAGGUUACAUAAGAACAGAAGGAAAAGCACCUGAACAGCCACUCUGGGGUGGGGCUUCCACCUCUCCCUCCCUUCUUCCAUUGAUCCACCCACUCCUAUUACUGGGACACCUUCUUGCUCUUUUGAAGGAACCUGACUUGGGAGGGAGGCUCAGGCUGGUCUUGGGUUGGGCUUGGGCCUGAGUUUUGCACUCAGAGUAACAGUAUGGGGGGCAGGCAGGCACAGACUAAUGACUCAGCUUCGUCCCUUGUAGAGAACGAUCAAUAUAUCUAGGCUUGUUGAA